UCAUGGCGGAGACCGUCUGGAACACUGACACCGGGGAGGCUGUGUAUCGCUCCCGGGACCCCGUGCGCAACCUGCGCCUCCGAGUCCACUUGCAAAGAAUCACAUCAAGCAACAUCCUCCAGUACCAGCCUGUUGCCCAGCGCGGGAAGGACCUCAUUGACUUGGCCACUUUUAGGCCUCAUCCCACCGCCAGUGGACACCGCCCAAAUGAAGAUGAAGAGGAGGAGAUUGUGAUUGGGUGGCAGGAGAAGCUCUUUAGCCAGUUUGAAGUAGAUCUGUACCAAAACGAAGCAGCCUGUCAGAGCCCUUUGGAUCAUCAGUACCGUCAAGAGAUCCUGAAGCUGGAGGAUUCAGGUAGAAGGAAGAACCGACGAAUCUUUACCUACACUGACUCUGAUAGAUACACCAAUUUGGAAGAGCACUGUCAGAAAAUGACCACUGCAACCAAGGAGGUGCCAUCAUUCUUGGUCGAGCGAAUGGCAAAUGUUAGACGGCGACGGCAAGACAGGCGAGGGAUGGAGGGCGGCAUCCUCAAGUCACGAAUUGUCACCUGGGAACCCUCAGAAGAGUUCAUCAGGAACAACCAUGUCAUCAACACCCCUCUCCAGACAAUGUAUAUCAUGGCGGACCUGGGGCCCUAUGGAAAGCUUGGCUAUAAGAAUUAUGAACACGUCCUCUGUACUCUGAAGGUGGACAGCAAUGGUGUGAUCACAGUAAAGCCUGACUUCUCUGGCCUCAAAGGACCCUACAGAAUCGAGACGGAGGGGGAGAGGCAGGAGCUGUGGAAGUACACCAUCGACAACGUGUCCUCCCUCGCACAGCCGGAGGAGGAGGAGCGGGAACAGCGUGUGUUCAAGGAUCUCUAUGGCCGACACAAGGAGUACCUCAGCAGCCUCGUGGGCACUGACUUUGAGAUGACUGUCCCAGGGGCCCUCCGGCUCUUUGUAAAUGGAGAGGUAGUUUCAGCCCAAGGCUAUGAGUAUGACAAUCUCUACGUCCACUUCUUUGUGGAAUUACCAACUACUAACUGGUCAAGCCCAGCAUUCCAGCAGCUCUCAGGAGUAACACAGACCUGUGCUGCCAGGUCCCUGGGAAUGGACAAGGUGGCCUACUUCUCCUAUCCAUUCUCGUUUGAGGCCUCCUUCCUCCACGAGGACGAAUCGGCUGAGGCCCUCCCAGCGUGGCCUGUGCUCUACUGCGAGGUCCUUUCGCUGGACUUCUGGCAGAGAUACCGUGUGGAAGGCUACGGGGCUGUGGUGCUGCCCGCCACCCCAGGCUCACACACCCUCACAGUCUCCACCUGGAGACCCAUGGAGCUUGGCACGGUGGCUGAACUAAGAAGGUUUUUCAUUGGCGGUUCUCUGGAGCUGGAGGACCUCUCCUAUGUGCGGAUACCAGGAACCUUCAAGGGGGGGCGUCUGAGCCGCUUUGGGUUCCGCACAAAGACCACAGGUAGUGUCACCUUCCGCUUGCACUGUCUGCAGCAGUCCAGGGCAUUCAUGGAGUCAAGUUCUCUCCGGAAAAGGAUGCGGAGUGUGUUGGACCGUCUGGAAGGAUUUAGCCAGCAGAGUUCCAUUCACAAUGUGCUGGAGGCCUUCCAUCGUGCCCGGCGCCGCAUGCAGGAGGCCCGAGAAAGCCUUCCCCAGGACCUAGUGAGCCCCUCGAGAACCAUGGCGUCCUAGCUUGCUACAGCUCUGCCCCUCCGUGCAAGGGGCUGCGACAAGUGAUCACUGAGGCCAUGAUCUCCCACCUCAUCGUUCUUAUUGGAGACCCGCUGAGAACCGGAAGAGCUGAGACAAUCCCCAGAUGGCCCCUCUGCCUAGUC